CCAUAAACAGUUGAAAGAGAUCAAAUGGUGAGAGCACCUUUUUAUGACAAAAAUGGAGUGAAAAAAGGCGCGUGGAGUGAAGAAGAAGAUAACAAGUUGAAGGCUUAUAUUCUCCGAUACGGCCACUGGAAUUGGCGUUUGCUCCCCAAAUUUGCCGGUCUGGAAAGAUGUGGGAAGAGCUGCAGACUUAGGUGGGUGAAUUAUUUAAAACCUGGUGUCAAAAAGGGCAAUUUCAGUAAGCAAGAAGAGGAUUUAAUUGUCGAAUUGCAUGCUCAACUUGGGAAAAGGUGGUCUGUGAUUGCAGCUAAACUACCCGGAAGAACGGACAAUGAUAUCAAGAAUUUCUGGCACACUCGUAUACGCAAACGCGAACCGAAAAAUCCAACGGCUGAAAUUAUUAUUACAAACCCUAGUUCUACUACUACUGAGUUAGCUUCUUGCGAAGAAAGCGUCAACAAAUCGGCUUCGUCGAAUAAUACUACUGCCAGUUCCUCGCUAUCAUUUGAUGACGAUAAUUUAUGGGACGACAUAUUUCAGCUGGCAGAUAUUAAUAAUAAUAGUAAUAAUGACUUUUUUCCGCCAUUGGCAUCAUCGGACGAAAACUAUUAUUUUUCCGAUUCGCAACUUCAUUACACUAGUGAAUUGCCAAGCUCGAAUUCUUGUUAUGAUUAUUGUGUUGGUCAAAUGGUUGACCGUAAUUUCUCGGGGGAAUCUUUUGAAUUGGGUUAUGGAAGCGGAAGUAGUUAUGUUCCGAUUGAAGAAGCGGGAGGAGGGGUUUACGAUUGUUUCGUUUACUAUGACGAUGGAAUGAAUUUGUUUAGCUAGCACGAAAUAAUGAAAUUUAAUUUGUUACUCUUUAUGUAUCAUGAUAUGCUAAAUUUGUGUGUGCAAUGUA